CGCUCUCAUUUACUUCUCUCUCCAUCUCUACAAAAUCUGUUUCUUCAUUCUUUUCAAUGGAGAACUGCAUCGGGAACAAGAGGAGCCGUGAGGAGUCGCCGGAGGAAUCUCCGGAGUCUAAGCGUCUCCAUGCCGAUGCCGAUGUCCUCAUCGGUAUUCUCGAAGAAGACGAUGUUGAUGCCGGAGAACGGGAUCCGGCGAGCCUAGAUUUGGCCACAGUGAUGAAAAGCCUGGAGGAGGAGAUCGCCAUGCCGACGGAGAAUGAUGAAGAUCGGCAAGCGGAGAUCGGGUAUUUGUUUGAGGCGUCGGACGACGAUCUAGGUCUUCCGCCGCCGGAGACGGCGCAAGCGGUUCCGGCGGCGGCGUGGACGGAGGAGGAUGUUGAGCCGGCGGAGGGAUUUGAUCAGAUCUGGGGGUUUCAGGAGGAGGAGAUACCGCUUUGGUACGACGAGUUGACGGAAUUCGGUUUUCCGUCGGAGGAGAAGUUUGGUGCGCCGGAGGACGGUGGCGACGGCUUUGCCGUUUCGUUUGACGGCGGGCUUUUUGAUUCUUCGGAUUUGUGCUGGCGGCCGGAAUCGCUGCCGGCGCAGUGAAUGAAGAAAUUUUUUUUAUUUUUUGUUUUUUUUUGAAUUUAUUUUUGACUUCGACAGUUUUUUUGUGAAUUUGGGAAAGUCGGAGAAGAUAAAUUUCUGGAAAGGUGUAUUUUUUGUUUUUUAAAAAAAUUGACU